GUCGCUUCGGAAGUUUUCCGGAAGUAGCCGAAGGUUGAGGGGGGCUCGGGACCGGAUGGAACGUUAAAAGCUACGGUGAACGGCGACGACGGCAUAGGGUGGCCCGGCGGCGGGUGUGUCCGGUGUCAGUAGGUGGCGGAAACGGGUGUUUUUUUUUUUGUUUUUUUCUGGUGGUUAUGGAAAGGAGCAUUAGAAGUGACCCCAAAGAGGCGUAUAAGUUGGAAUAAGUGGGUGACGAGAGGACCCCGCGGAGCGGCUGUCACCGUCUGCCAGGUGUCAGACACGCGAGGCUCCUGUACCGCCUGUCUGGGAGGACCAUGGGCUGCUAGGGCUUCUCCUCUUCCUUCCGACAUCUGCCAACUCUUCAUGGCUCCCCCGGCCGGCGGUGUGAUCCCGGAGGUGACCCGACACACAGGUUCCUACUAUGGGCUCUUUGAGCAGUAGACUGUUAGGCCAGGAGUCCUCAUCCCAGUCCGCCAGCUCUUGUAAAUGCAGGAAGCGAAAAAGAAGCCUAGAAUGUCAAUGUGACACUGAGACGGAUGAUGAGCUAGAAAACCUGCUCAAUACUCCUCGCAGGAAAAAGCUGAAAAGUACUUCCAAGUAUAUCUACCAGACCCUCUUCCUCAAUGGAGAGAACAGUGACAUAAAGAUCUGCGCACUUGGUAAAGAAUGGAACCUCCACAAAAUCUACCUCUGUCAGUCUGGAUACUUCUCCAGUAUGUUCUGUGGUUCCUGGAAAGAGUCCAACAUGAAUGUGAUAGAGCUGGAGAUACCCGACCACAAUAUUGAUGCAGAAGCUCUGCAGGUGACAUUUGGCUCGCUAUACAGGGAUGAUGUCUUGCUGAAACCCAGCCGUGUCAUAACCAUUUUAGCAGCUGCGUGCAUGCUCCAACUGGAUGGUUUAAUUCAGCAAUGUGGUGAGACCAUGAAAGAGACCAUCAGCGUUCAGACGGUCUGCAGCUAUUCCUCAGCAGCUGGCGUCUACGGGUUAGACUCUGUGAAGAAAAAGUGAUGCCUAGAAUGGCUUCUAAAUAAUUAAUGCACCCAUCAAAGUGUCGAUCUGUUCAAGGAGCUAAGCAUCAAUAUGAUAAAGCAGCUCAUCUGUUCUCCAGAUCUUCUUGUAAUGCAGGUGGAGAUGGAUGUGUACACAGCUUUAAAAAAGUGGAUGUUCCUGCAAAUAGUGCCUUCUUGGAACGGGUCCUUAAAACAGCUUCUCACGGAAGCAGAUUCCUGGUUCUCCAAACGCAAGAAAGAGCUAGAAGAUACUGGAAUCACCUUUCUAGAAACUGAACAGGGCUGCCCAUUUGUGUCAGUUUUCAAGCACCUGCGUAUGCAAUACAUCAUCAGUGACUUGGCAUCAGCAAGGAUCAUUGAGCGUGACUCUCUGAUACCCUCAGAGUGGUUGUCCUCUGUGUACAAGCAGCAGUGGUUCACUAUGCUCCGUGCUGAGCAGGAUAAUGAACACCGGGUGAUUUUACCACAUUUCCCUCAAGAAAUCAAUAAAGAAGAACUGGAGAACAAUAGUAUGAGAUGCGGCAGGAGACUUGCUAAAGAUGGUGAUUAUUGUUGGAGAUGGACUGGAUUUAACUUUGGCUUUGACUUGUUGGUAACGUACACGAAUCGCUACAUCAUUUUUAAAAGGAACACCCUGAACCAGCCGUGCAGCGGUUCUGUCAGUCUGCAGCCACAGAGGAACAUUGCGUUCAGGUUACGCUUGGUGUCAUUUGAUACAAAUGGUAAAGUCAUCUGCAGUCGAACUAGUGGCUAUCAGAUCCUCAGCCUGGAAAAAGAUCAGGAACAAGUGGUGAUGAACCUGGACAGUCGCCUACUUAUAUUUCCUCUCUACAUCUGCUGCAACUUUUUGUACACCUCUCCAGAGAAACGAGUGGAGUUGGAAGGACAGCUGGAAAGUCCAGACGUCUAAUAGUGCCACGGCCUACAUGAAGAUCUCCAUAUGUAAUCAUUCAAAUAGGGAACACUUUAUUUUGUUGUUGCCUUUCAGGUUUAUUUUGUUGACUCUUUGUACUAGGUCAAAGGACAGAACUUAUGCUGCCUAAUCAACACCUCCGAAUGUAGGCGCCUCUGCCAAAUGCAAGCCAAACGUCUGUAUGAAAUAUCCAUUAUAAUCAGUUGGUGCCGCCGUCUUUAUUUUUUUGUUUUCUACUUUCUAUCUGCUGUGCAGUCUUUUUUUUUUAUAGUUUAUAAUUAAAUGACGCCUGCCAAGCUACAAUCUGCACAUGUUAUUUAGUUGUGCAGUACAAUAUUUGGCAUGGUGGUUUGCAGUAAAGGAUUCCCGUGAGUUCUUGUGAGUUUUUUUUCUUCUUUUGUUCUUGUAAGAUUUUCACCCACAAGCCUUAAAGAUCUUGCAGAUAGACAGCCAUCUACUAGCAUAGAGAGCGACACGGGAACUUUCCUGUACCUUAACUGAAGUGUGAGGAACCAGGCAGACCUGCCUCCAAUGUAUUUUUCUCAGACUGUUUCAUUUCACUUGGGUUUACAGCAAAAUAAAAGAAAGGAGGAAAAGUGUUUAAUAGUAGUGGAAAUUCAUGAAUAAUUGCUUAGAUGGUCAUGGACACUGAGCUGUAUUUAGAGCACAUUCAAAGGAGAAUUUUCCACAGCUAGUCGUUCUUUAAAUGCAGUUAUACUGGCCAGAAAUGAAGAGAUUUCUCUCAGAUGAUCAAAGGCUUCAGUUCUCAGACCCUGCCUCUUCUAGCCUGGAAAAAUUACAUAUUAUUAUGGUCCAAUUUGAAUCUAAAACACUCAAUGGGGAACUGCCAGAUUGUUUCAUCCGGCUAAAACUAUGACGCACUAUACUGUAAUGUAAUGAAAUUGGAAUAGCUGAGUUUCAUUUGCCACUCUGUAGAUGUUUUGAAGGGACAGUAUGAGUUUUUUUUUUUUUAAGGAAAUUAUGACCAGUGUUGUCCAUUGGUUUUGUCUUGUAGUUUUUUUAUUCAUAUUCAUGGGGCUCAUCUGCAAUACUAAACACAGUCCAUGAAUACAGGUGGUGGAAUCCUGUCUAAGGGCAGCAAAUGAUAGAUCAGUGACAAAUAAGUGCUGUCCCUUCACACUGCGUAGUCUCAGUGUAUCCAAUGCGAUGAGCCUUCAGCCUGUUUGCCCUGCCUCCUGCUUGUGAUAAGUUUAUCCUUGUUAGCUCUUACAAGCAGGGUAACAGCAGUGUGAAGGCACGUCUUCUAGAAUACACUGGAAGUUCUGCGCACAGUACACACUGACUAACAGGAAGCGCAGGUGAGGGGAGUUUUAGAACUCUGCAGCUAAUCACUGUAUGGACUCGCGUAUAUCCACUGAAAUCGUGGUCUCUUACAUAGGGCAGAUGUUAUAUCUUUACCAGCACUCUGUGUAUAAGAGGAACAUGCAUAGGAACAAAGAGUGAAAAGCCAGUUGGGGAGGAUAGGUGUUUGAGCUUCCAGAAGUGCGUUAAGUGCCUGCCAAGAUAGCCAUUUAUUUCACGUGAAGAACAGUAGUAUAGUUCAUGCAGUUUCCACCGUUUUGCUUUUUCUUGCUAUAGUGUAUGUUUUUUAUCAAUUUUUUUUUGUCAUUUAAAUAAUUAAGCUUCAACACAUUCCUUAGCUUAUUGUUACAGAAUUAGCAAAAUAGAGGCCUUUAGACAAUAAUGCUACUUUAAAGACCACCAAUUUAAACCAGGCAUACAGCCUGGUAGGGUUGAUCAUGCUGAUUUUGAAACAGUAUCAUUUGUUUUUAGCUUUCAUCACUUUUAUAUUUAUGCAAACUAGUUAACACCAAGGGUCUGACUGUAGUGCUAGGAGCACCGCUACAGCUACUCCCUGGUGCUUAGUACACUCCCUUGUACCAUUUGAUUGACAGGGCAUGACCUCUCAUCUUGCCCUGACUUCUGGCGUCUGUGCUCUAGAUCUGCUGCUGUUUGCCAAGUAGUAAAGAUUCACAGUGCGCAGGCACCGAUGUCGUCAUUCCACCCACCAAGGCACCUGUGCCUCCACUUCUGGGUAGACUGAGGUCAUUCGCAUCGGCACACUAUGAAUCUGCACUCUUCGUCAAGAAGCACCAGAACUAGAGUGCAGGCGCUGAGUUUGUGACCCACUGUGCAGAUGUCAGAAGACGGGGCAAGACUACCCUGUUAGUCUAAUAGUAGGGGGUAUUAUACUGAGCAUCGGGGCGUAGCUGUAGGGGUGCUCCUAGCGCUCCAGCAAGCCCCUCGGUGCUCCAACUAAUUUGCAUGAAAAUAAAAGUAAUUAUAUUUCCAGCGCAGUACAAGCUAAAAAACAAAAGAUAGCAUUUCGACCUCCAUGAUCAACACUACCAGGCAACCCUGCUUUAGUAGGGUUGAUAUUGUUGACAGGUGCUCUCUAAUAUAUUGUGCUCCCCAAGCCAUACCUUUUGUAUUUGGCUGACAGCUGAAAAUGUUUUGCCCGAGGCACAUUUAAGAUAUGAUGUAUUAGUAUUGCCUUUUAAGCGCCUCUAAUUUCCCCCCACAGUUGAAAUUGCUGCAGCUUUUAUAUGACUGGUGUCGUUGUUGCUGUUAUUACUGUCCUUUUUUAUGAUGAGCCUACUUUCCCUGAAGUGCUUCAAGUAAAUUGUAACAUUGUGGCUGCAGCAGAUUACAUUGGCAUUAUGGUAGGAAGAACUGCACAGAUGUCAGUAAUUGAACCAGUGCUGAAUAAUCGUUUUCAAUUGUGGUAGAAAAUUAUGAUUUGCAAUAAAUAGGAUGCAUUUCCCUAUUUUCUAUCAUAUUGGAAGGAUAUCCUCAAAGUACGAAAGGAAGCUGGAGAUAUUUAAAAUGU